AUGCGCAAGAUUUUAAUGGAGUCUGUUAUAAUGAUGGCAAAAAGAAAUUGCUUUCAAAGAUUUGACAUUAGUGGAAAAUACUUUUGUUCGUGUGAUCAACCCAUGGAGACAAGUACGUUGCUCGAGUCUGUUAGAACGUUGCUGUUGUGUUCGAUGAGGUGUUCACAAUCAGGCGCCUGUGUGGCUUUCAACUUUUGGAUAGAUUCCAACCAGUGCCAACUCUUCAAUCGAACCAUCAAGAAGUUCUCAUUUCUACCCAAAUGCCAAUAUUACUUCGUAAAAGGUGGUUUGAUAGCGAAGACAGCAGACAACUACAUUCAGACCAAUUCCUCAUGGAAAUGUACCGACCAUUAUUACGAUGGAUGGUACGAGAAUUCGUCCCGACCGAGAAAUGUUCCAUGCAUCCAAUACAAUGAAUUGGAGGUCAACAGAUGUCCGCCUUCCUUUCAAUUCUUCUUUUCAUUUGGUGUCUGUCUGUCUCUGACCAUUGAAGUGAACGUUUCUACUCCUCAAAAACAUUUUUAUCGAUGUUGGCGUUUGAACGAAGAAGCAUUUAAUACUAUAAAUUUUAUUUGCACAAACUUUUUCAAAAUUAGUCUCUAG